AUGGAAACAUCCGAAAGUUUUGAUCUUGACAAACGGACGAAAGUGUCACGGGCUUGUGACUACUGCAAAAAAAGGAAAUUCAAAUGCAGUGGAAAAGCGCCUUGUGAUUUGUGUCUGAAAAAGAAGAUUGAUUGUACAUUUAGUAUUGUUGAUAGAAGAACAAUACGUAGAAAGAACAAAAAGAGAAAAGUCAAGGCAGAAAAGGAUGCCACAUUGGAUGCAACAGCAGGAACUCCUUCUAAACUAACUACCCAAGCAAAGGAGUUUGUUCAUAAAGUAGUCAAAACUGAGCAAGUGGAUAAAAAAUCUUUAAACAUGUUAAAAAAACCAUCACAACUACCUAUACACUUCCAGCCUUUGACAAUGUUCCCCGUUGUAGGAAAGUCCGACGAGAGUGAUGAGUCACAGGGGAAGAAAUUAGAGAUUGAAGAGGGAGAAUUGCUGGAUGAAGACGAGUCAGUGGAAUCUAGUAGCGAGGAGAGCGAAUCUGAACAUAAUGAAAAGAACAAUGACGAAGCUGCACCAGCUAAGAAGACACAAAACAGCCCAAACGCACGUUCAAAGUUCCCUGAUGCACAACACGGACCUAGCUGGGCUGAAGAUUCCGAACUGCACCGUGUGCUUUUCGAUGGGGAAGGAAAUUUGAAAUAUGUUGGUGAGUCGGCCCCAUUAUCCUUUUUAUUCGAAUGCAGAAGCGUUUUCUCCAAAACUAUUGGUAAGUCAGAGUUUACUGAAGAACGUGAAUCUUUGGAGAUAUUUGAUGAUGCAGAAGAAGUUCGUGAGGUUGUUCAAAUGGCGUUACCAAACCGUAGCAACUUACGGAGAAUUUUGAGGUUGUUUUACAUUAACAUUAAUGAGGCUUGUUAUGUAUUUGAUAUCAAACAUUUUGAAAAAACAGUGAUUGUUCCGAUCUACAACAAUUAUAGCGAAUGCUCAGUUGACCAGAUUUCCUUGAUGAAUUUAAUGAUUGGAGUGGGGCUCUUGUAUGCUGAAAUUAUUGGUGAUCCAAUUUGUCAAAACAUGGAGUCGUCACAAAUGAAAUCAUCGGCAUAUUUCGAAUUUGGAAUUCAUUUGGCUAAAAAGUAUAUGAACGUGGGGAAAUUGUGGAUUACGGAAGCUAUGGCUCUUGCUUUCUUUUACUACUCAUCAACCCAUCAACGUAGCACCGCUUGGUUAAUCCUAGGUAUUGCAGUGAGAAAUGCUCAAGGGUUGGGUCUUCAUCGCAAAUACAUCAAUGAAUCAUUCACAGACAAGGGAUAUGUCAGACAUAGAAGAAAAUUAUUCAAGAGUUUGUAUGUAUUGGAUCGUAUUACAUCGGUAACUUUGGGACGUCCAUUACUCAUUGAUGAUUACGAUUGGGAUGAUUUUGGCACUCAAGAUAUCUAUGACUUUAAUAAGAAUGAUGAACCAAUUGAAAAUUUCCAUUUGAAGGCAUUGAUUGAAACUAGUAAAGUAGCGAAACUCAUUGGUAAAAUCAUUCGUGGGUUUUAUCUUGAUGGUAUUGUCAAUACUUUCAAGGCGGAGAAGUUAGCUGUUGAGUUGAAACAAUGGGCAUCAAACUUGCCUGAAGAGUUGCAAAUGGAUAAAGCAGUUAAUGAUGACGGUGAACAGAAUGCUACCGGUGAAUUUGAUGAUCGUAAGAUUUCAUUACUAUUGAUUCAUUUGUCCCAUUUAUACACAGUCAUUCUAUUAUCACGACCAUUUUAUAUGUAUAUUAUAUUCACACUGGGAAAGGCGAAAGUAUUCAAUAAACCCAAGGGACGCCAAGAAAUUGCCAUUUGCAACUUCUGCAGAGCUGCUAUAAAAGCGUCAAGUUUGAUUGUUCAGUUGAUGGAGUGUUAUAUCAACUACACUAGAUUCCGACCAGAGAGGUGCGAAUCGAACGCGUUGAUAUCAACGGUAUUAAUGGCCUCAUUGAUUAUUGGAAUGACGGCAUUGUUUUUAGAGACUCAUGAGUACAAAGAUGAUACAAUUACGACUCAAAAAAUGAUGAUUCAUUUAAACGCAGCUAAACGAGUACUACAAUUUUAUUCAAAGACUAAUAUAAUGGCAACCAGAUAUUAUGUUAUUAUGAAUCAAAUGCAAAGUGCCUUGAUGGAAAAGUUCAACCUAGAUGUUAAUGGUGUUAAGAGAAAAGUGAGUAAAAAGAGGAAACAAGGUAAGGAAACAUGGGGCGACGCACCGCUAGAACCAAAAAAUGGAAACAAGUCUAAACCAUUGCCCCAACCACCGGUUUACAACACGCCAAAUAGCCAAUUCACCCACCCAAGUCAACCAUUUCAACAACAACAGCAACAACAGCAACAACAGCAACAACAGCAACAACAGCAACAACAGCAACAACAGCAACAACAACAACAACAGCAGCAACAGCAGCAACGAUCGUCAGUUGCAAGUCAUAUAUCACCUAGCCUGUCCUAUGAUUCAACAAGAACGCCAACGUCAUCAACGGCAACCACUGAAGAACAUUUCCCACCACAUGAUAUUUUCAAUAAGGAUUAUGAUAAUUUCAUGGAAAAUUUUGGAACUUUAUUACUACCUAUGGCAACAAUGGGUUCCACUUUGAAUUCGAAUCAGGGGAAUGAUGGAUCACGAUAUCCCGUGAAUGAACUUACUGGUGGCAAUCUAUAUGGACUGGGGAGCUAUGACUCUACGAAUCUCGAUGCUACGGGAUCAAAUCUAUAUAAUCAACAAUUCAACUUACAAGAACAACCACAACAACUACAACGGUCUGAACUGUAUGUACAACAACCAUUACGGUCUGGGGUUGCGUCUGGAGGAGGAGGGCCUAGCGGCGGCAUUGGAGGAAUCGCCAAUGGCCGUGGUGGUUCUUUCAGCGGUAGCACAGGUGGCGUAUCUUUAAAAACUCCAAAUGAUGACCUGUUGGAUGAAUUUAUGUACAAUGUUGGUCUAAAUGAUUUCUUAUACGAUGCAAGAACACUAGGAUAA